GCCACCCAUGGACCACAUGCAACUCACGUAUGCAAGUGAUGAUGAGGUGGGAAGUGAUGAGCAGCGGGAGCCCCACAUUAUUUUGUCGGUCGUUGUUGGGUCUUCAACCCACUCAGUUGACGAUCAAGCACACCAGGACAAGACGGUGGUGACAUCGGAUGUGACGUUUUCCUCUCCCUCUCCUGCGUAGGUUAUUCGUUGCAACUAUCGAGUGCCACAGGUUUCCAUCCGCCUCGCAAGCUAUGAUGUCGACUUGCCCCCUUCCGUUGCUUCACACAUCCACUAUCUCAUGUAUUCACAAGUAACAUACCAUCAUUUUCAUCCUACUCACUAUGCUUUUAUUGCUGCUAUUACCAAGGACUUUGAACCUUAGUAUUUUUAUCAAGCAAUUCGAGAUGAACGAUGUUGUGCAGCUAUGCAACGUGAAUUUGAUGCUCUCUUUGCUAAUCAUACGUGGGAUUUGGUUUAUUUGCCUGAGGGUAUGCAUGCUAUUGGUUCCAAGUGGGGCUACAAGAUAAAAUAUUACACGGAUGGCACCAUUGAACGAUUCAAGGCAUGUCUUGUUUCCCAAGGGUUUACUCUACAUGAGGGGAUUGAUUUCCACAAUAAGUUUGUUGCGGUGGACAAGUUAGUUUCUGCACAAUGUCUUCUAGAAGUUGCGGCUCAACGUGACUAGACUUUGGAGCAACUCGAUGUUAACAGUGCUUUUCUGCAUGGCGAUCUUGACGAGGAAGUGUAUAUGAAGGUACCACAGAGAUUUGGUCAACCAGGUGAUAAUCGUCUGUGUGAACUUUGCAAGUCUUUGUAUGAAGUUCGACAAGCCUCAGGAAACUGGUACAACAAAUUCACUAGCGCACUACUUCAUAUGGGCUUUGCUAAUUCCCAUGCCGAUCACUCCUUGUUCAUGUAUCGCACGAGGUCGGUUUUUGUGGCAACAUCGAUUUAUGUGGAUGACAUUGUAAUGGGUGAAAAUGAUCGUGCUUUUAUUGACCGUGUCAAGCUGUUUCUGCAUUCACGGUUCGACAUUAAGGACUUGGGGCCAUUGAAGUACUUUCUGGGCAUUGAAGUUGCUCGUUCUUAUUGAGGGUCUCGUGCUUAGUCAAAGCAAGUACGCGUUGGACAUUUUUUUCUAUUGAGGGUUUCACAAGUGCUCGAACUAGUCAGUUUCCCAUGGAACAAAAUCAUUAGUUGACAAAGCCGCUUCCUGAUUUGGAUCCUGCUAUUGAUGCCUCUGCCUAUCGUUGCUUGGUUGGCCGGUUGAUGUACCUCACUGUCAUGCGUCCCGAUAUCGUCAAUGUUGUCAACAUUCUUAGUUAAUCGACGACAGCUCCUACUUCGGAUCAUUUGACGAUAGCCCAAUGCUUGUUGCAUUAUUUAAAAUGGGCGCUUGGUCAAGGCCUUUUUCUUCCCACCAUAGGUUUCGUUAGACUCGACUUCUUUUUGUGAUGCUGACUGGGGAGGGUGCUUAUGCACUCGACGGUCUACGACAGGCUACUUUAUUAUCUUAGGCUCGACACCCAUCUCUUGGCGCACCAAGAAGCAGAUGUGGUGGCUCAAUCAUCAGCCAAGGCUGAAUAUUGGGCAAUGGCAAUCACUGUGAGUUGUUAUAGGUUCGAUGGUUACUACGUGAGCUUCUGUUUCCUCAGUCUGGCCCUACUGUACUGUACUGCAACAACCAGGCGACACUUCAUAUAGCGGCUAAUUCCAUCUUUCACGAGCAGACGAAGCACAUCGAGAUGGAUAGCUACUUCGUUUGCGAGAUGGUUGUAUCUCGUGAGAUUGCUCCGUCCAAAGUCCACACUUUGGAGCAGUAGGUAGAUAUCUUCACCAAGGCGUUAGGGGCCAACCAGUUCCAUUCCUUGCUUUCCAAGCUGGGCGUUUGUUCUUCACGCCACAUAUCGAGGGGGAUUAUUGUGAUACUUCCAUAGUAUACGGAUGCUUAUGUAAUUUUCCCUUUUAGUAUUUUAGUUAGUCUUUUAGUUUUUGGCUUAACCCUACGGCUGGUGGAGGGUCUUUCUGUGUCUCUUGUACUCUUGGUUGCGGUAACGUGUGAAAGUGCAUCAAAGGUGAAUAAUAAUACUCUGAAAUCUCCUUAUGGAGUUUUCCGUGAAGUAGUCUCGUUCUUCACAGAACGGAGAAAUCACGUAAACAUGAGUAUCCUUUUCUUUGUAGUUUAUCUAUUUUUUACAUUCACAAAAUCGAUUAAUAGUAAUAAUUUUUUUUUUUUGUUAGUGGGUAAUCACUAACCGCAUUACCGAUCAACCCGACUAUCAUCCUACCCAUAUUUAGGGUUACAAAUAGUAAUUCAAUUUUUCAAAUACAUCGUAUUCGAACAUAGGCAAUUUAGACAAAUCACCCGAUAAAAACAAAGAGUGGAGAAAUUCCCUAAGCCUAGUGCCUAGAGAUAGGCGCAUUAACAAAGGAGAAUAAUUGUUAAUAUUGAAUUAAUAAAAAUUGUCGUCGAAAAAAGGAAGAGGUGGUGUAAAGAGGCCAACUUUUAGCAACAAACAAGGGUGCUGUGCAUCUCUCUCUGUGUCUCUUUUCACCCUCCUAAUCUAUAAUCUAUCCCUAAAUCAUCAUCAUCAUCAUGAGAUCAACAACAACAACAACAACAACAACAACAAAUGGUGGAGCGUUAGAGUGGAACUUCUACGCGAUCCCUCGUCUCUCCCUUCCCUACCAUUAUCCCUCUCCACUCUUGAUUCCCUUUCCCCCCACCCACCCAUUCCUCCGCCGCCCUCUCUCUCUCUCUCUCCGCCGGCAAAGAAACCCAACAAUAGCUUAGCUCCCCCCACCCCACCCUCCUCAAACUUUCUAGAUCCGCCCAAUUCUCUCGAGUCAUGGGCAACAUCAGCAGCAGCGGCGUGAACGGCCGGCGGAGGCACGGUAGCCGCCGGAGCCACCCUCCCCCACAGCCGCCUCCUCCCGCAACGCCGCAGCCGGAGAUCAGCGCCAACCGAUACGUAUUCGCCGCCGCCACGCCUUACCCACCCUCGCCGAAUCCGAACGCUCCACCGCCUCCACCUCCUCACCCUCACCCUCCUCCUCCUCCCUCGUACUACCACCAGUACCCGGGCUACUACCCGCCGCCACCUCCUGCCAUGCCCCUCCCGUUGCCGGCGCCGUACGAUCACCACCACCGCCCCGACCACGCCCACUGGGUCGGCGGCAGGUACCCCUGCGGGCCCAUGGUGCAGCCCCCGGCGCCUUAUGUCGAGCACCAGAAGGCCGUCACGAUUCGAAACGACGUCAAUUUGAAGAAGGAAACGCUGAAGCUGGAGCUCGAUGAGGAGAACCCAGGGAUGUCUCUGGUUACCUUCACUUUCGAUGCUACUGUUGCUGGAAGCAUCACCAUUAUAUUCUUUGCAAAGGAAGGUGAUAACUGUGUCCUGACACCAACAAAGGAAGACCUUUUUCCAUCGGUGACAGUGAGUUUCCAGCAUGGUCUGGGGCAAAAGUUCCGGCAGCCAUCUGGAACAGGGAUCGACUUCUCAAAGUUUGAGGAACGGGAGCUGCGCAAGGUGGAAGGUGAAAUGGACAUUUAUCCGCUUGUGGUGAAGGCAGAGGCAAUGCCCGCCAGCCAGAGUGGGCCAGAUGGAAAUCAAACGCCUGCGAUCUCUAAUUCUCAGAUAACUCAGGCGGUGUUUGAGAAGGAGAAAGGCGAGUACCAAGUCAGGGUAGUGAAGCAGAUUCUGUGGGUGAACGGGAUGCGUUAUGAGCUGCAGGAGAUAUACGGGAUUGGAAACACAGUUGAUGGUGAUGUCGAUGCAAAUGACCCUGGCAAAGAAUGUGUCAUUUGCCUCUCGGAACCACGCGAUACUACUGUUCUUCCUUGCCGACACAUGUGCAUGUGCAGCGGUUGUGCGAAGGUGUUGAGGUUCCAAACGAAUCGUUGCCCGAUCUGUAGACAACCAGUCGAGCGGCUCUUAGAGAUUAAGGUUAAUAAUGGCGCAGAUGAAUAGGUGCCUGCCCAAAGCAAGGAAGCAGCAGCAGCUGCUGAAGUGUUUUUAUCUGUUUGUUGUAUAGUAUUACGGUAUUGUUUUCGCUUCUCCAGGUCAAGGGCAUAAUUUUCUGUGUUUCGGUGUGUUUUGGUUUGCUGGCAUUCUAAUAAGAGAAGAUUGAUUGAGAGACCAAGUAUCAAGCAAUUGGCGUUUGCAUCUGAAAUAUGUUAAGCCAGUAAUGCUUCUUUCUACAUAGCAGUUGGGUGUAGCCUAGUUACAACUUACAUGUUUGUUUGGUCAGGAAACACACCCAUAGGAAGAGUCUGGUUUACCUUGUAGGACUUAUCUAGUUCCUUCAAAUUAAGUAAUUAUAUUUAGUUCCUUUAAGUUAAGUUGGUCCAGAAAUGAUGGUUGAAAUAGUUCCUUAAAUUAAAUGGGGUCUAUAUGUGAUGGUUGAGAUUAAAAGAUUCUUCAAUUGGUCUAUAGAAUUGAUUUUUCUCUUUUAGGUUUCGAUUUACAAAUUUUUUGUAUAAAAGGAAUGAAAUUAUUGUGAUCUAAAAUAGGGCAAUUAAGUUCAAAUUCAACUAAUAUAUUUUGUAUUUUAAAAGGUUUACCUAUGACAAGAUUGAAAAGUUUGGCUAAUAAAUUGUAUUUAGUCAUACAAUAAUAAUGUAAUACAGUCAAAUUCAGCUAAUAAUGUUAAUAAAUGUAAAACUCUUGCCUCCUGGCCCUGCUAUGUCGUGUACGUUAAAUUUACAAAUUUUUACUCCACAUUUGACUUUGGUUGAGCCAUCAUUCCAACACGAUUUAUGUGUGUUUGGCCAGCUUUAUGCUUAGUUCGGUGUUUUAGUGUGUUUCAGAUCACUUGGACUCUUGGAGCGAAUUUGAUGCUAUCUAGAUGAAAAACACACUAAAGAUCGCGAUUAUGGAGUUUGGGGCAAUUUGGAGCGCAUUUGGAUGACUUGGGAAUUAAUAUUACGAUCUCAACACGACUUGAAGCACGACCAUGUUGAGGGGUGUACUCGACUCGUGAAAGGAUUUCGACGAAUUGAAGAAACGAAAAAAAUAAUAUUAUCGGGCAUAACAGGGGUAGGGGCAUAGUCGUACCCAAAACCAUAUUCAACCUCGGUUUUCAAUGGUAUAAAAGGACAAAGUUAGGUUCCGAGCAACUCUUCACCAUAUGAUAUGAUUUGGAAAGAUCAAUAAGGGUUUUGAGGCAGGCGUCAUCGUCAUGGCUGAAAGAGAACAACCCAAACCUCUUCACCGAGGAUAUCAGAGAUCAUCCGGUUAAGCAAGGCGUCAGCGCCAUGGCUGAAAGAGAACAACUAUAUAUCAUUAGUCUGGCUAGUAACUAGGGAGAACCAUUUCUUGGAGAUCCUUCUCUCCAAUUGAAAUAAACCAAGUUUACUUUCUCCUUUGUCGAUCUUUUGCUUACAAUUCGAACCUGAAUCGCUAGAUAAUGAAAUUCGUCUGAGCAAUAGUAGAUCUGGGGACCUGAGAAUUCUAUAGUUACUACUUAAUCGUUAUACUGAUGUCUUAUCAUUGGUUAACUUGGCCUUUGGUUGGAGUGUAGUCUAUCAUGAACCACAAUCGAUGAAAAAAAAAUGAUAAACUCAAAUUUUGGGUAUCGUCAAACCAUAAUUUAUUACGGGUCAAAUAAUAUCACUUUAGGGACAGAUUCAAAUCCAAUUUUUUAGUUGGGGUCGAAAAUAGACCUAUUACUAUGUUGUGUACCCGAAAGAAAAUGGAUACUCAGGUCUAAUGUGGCUUUUGACCUAUUUUUUAUUCCAAAAUAAACAUAAAUGUGAAAAUACCAACAUUUAAGGGGUGAAUUGGUUGAGACAGAUAGUGAGAUUGUCAAAAAAAACUUCGUGUGUAU